AUGACAUCGAAUGCUGCCUCAUUCCCACCCAAUGCGAUCGGCGCAACGGUCCUCGCACCGUUGGAUGGCAUUUCGUCCUCUCUGGACGCCCUAGUACAGACGUUGCAAGCGUCGAACACAUUUGCCCAACUCCCUGCCAUAGCCGCCGAAAUUUCCACAGCCGACGAUGACCUGACGCGGGCGCUAGACUUGCUGAAACAACAUCAAGCAAACUACGCUCGUAUUCUACACCUUAGGCAGCAGGCCGGCGAUCUCGAAAAUAACAUCAAGGACACCAUUCGACGUGCCCGCCAACUGCGAGCCGAUAUCACGUCGAUUCACCCUAGCAUAGAUGACGAUGAGGCGCUGAGCGAUGACGAGGACGAUGGUCCUCCGACUGUCGACUAUGAACAGCUCCUGCAAUUCGCUUCGCGAAUCGGCAAGCACAACAGCCUUGCAAAGCAGGAAGCUGAGCAGGAAGGCACACGGCUGAAGCUCAAGGCGCAUGAAGCACGGAGAAAAAGCGAGGCCCUUCAGGCAUCGCGGCAGCAGGUCAACGGUACAACAGCAGGCCCCGAGAAUGCGGCGGAUCAACCUCAGCCUGAUUCCGCAGGAGAGCAAUUCGAUCUGAUAGCUCGACAGGCAGCAGACUUGAGCAAUGAGGUGCAGAGAUUUGAGGCUUCAUCGCGCUUACCAUUUCCGGAUGCUGCACUACUGCGCCGAGGCGCUCUCGGCCGGCUUGAUCUGGUUCGAGAGGCUGACGAUGGCGAUCCUGACGGUGCUGUUGAACGCGAGGUUGAGCGCAUGGUUAGGGAAACCGAAGAUGUGGCAGCCGUGGUAGCAGCCGCGCCCAUCGUAAGAGCCGUGGAGAGACCGAAGCAGGAGCGAGAGCAGCAACCAAAUGUGAGCGGUCCAUCGCAAGCGAGCACGUCUAGGCCCGUGGCACCUCAGGCACCACCGAAGCCGAAAACGAAGGUCAAUCUGGACUUUCCUGGCGCCGAUAGUGAUGAAGAAGACGACGAUUGA